UCUCUAUGGUGAAAAGUCAUGAAAAAUAGAAAUAAUACAUGGUGAAUGUAUGUUAUACGUUCUGUGAUUUCUGUCGAAAAAUACAAAAUUCUUUCUAUAAACCAUGUUAAAGGAUAGAGUGCAGAUUACUUUUGAAGAUAAAUGGCCUUCUAUGCGUCCGAUAGUUUUGAAGCUUUUAAAACAAGAAACAGUUACCCAAAUAGAAUGGCAAGAUUUAUUCGGAGCUGUACAUACGGUAUGCCUUUGGGACGAAAGGGGCGCUUACAAGUUAAGAGAUGCUUUGCAGCAAGAUAUAACGAUGUACAUAAAGCAAGCUCAGGCUCGUGUACUUGCGCAAAGAGAAGACCAAGCCCUUCUUAAAGCAUACAUAGCAGAAUGGGGAAAAUUUUUCACACAAUGUAACUAUUUACCGACACCUUUUCGUCAAUUAGAAAAUUCUAUAAACAAUGUAAGUAAAGUUACAAUUACCAACACAUCUAACGCACUGAAAAAGAAUCACAAUAACAAUGUAGAGGAAAGUUUGGUUCGCAAACUAAUGUUAGAUUCAUGGAACCAAAGUAUAUUUGUGGAUAUCAAGCAAAGAUUGCAGGAUUCUGCAAUGAAAUUAGUGCAAGCUGAGAGGAAUGGAGAGUCCUUUGAUUCCCAAUUGGUCAUUGGAGUUAGAGAGUCAUAUGUGAAUCUAUGUUCAAAAGCAAGUGAUAAACUGCAAAUAUACAGAGAAAAUUUUGAAGCAGCUUACAUGCAAGCCACUGAAGAAUUCUACAAAUACAAAGCUAAUGAACAUUUGUUGUCUAAUGGUGUACAGUCAUAUAUGAAAUAUGCUGAUCAACGUUUAAAGGAGGAAGAAGCUCGGGCACAUAGAUAUUUGGAGCCAGGCAGUGGGAGUGUUUCCGCACUAACACAAUGCUGUGAGAGAGUGAUAAUUUCUGAACAUUUGCCUACAUUAUUGGCUGAGAGUGCACCAUUAAUUAAAGCUGGGGAGACAGAAAAACUGCAGCUUAUGUUCCGCCUGAUAGAUAGAGUGCCAGGGGGAGUUACACUUAUACUGAGAGACUUAGAAGCUCAUAUUGUGUCAGCUGGUUUAGCUGACAUGGUAGCAUCUGCCGAUAUUAUAACAAGUGACUCAGAAAAGUAUGUAGAACGCUUACUAGAUUUAUUCAGAAGGUUCAGUACCCUAGUUAAAGAAGCGUUUAUGGAUGAUCCUAGGUUUUUAACUGCUAGGGACAAAGCUUACAAAUGUGUUGUGAAUGAUACAACAGUUUUUAAACUAGAGCUGCCAUCUUCGGCGCUCCUUCGUGGCAGUAAAGGUACAGCACCUGAAAGCAAGUGUCCCGAACUGCUCGCAAAUUACUGUGAUAUGUUGUUACGAAAAACUCCUUUGAGUAAACGCUUAACUACUGAACAAAUAGAAUCUCGUUUAAAAGAUGUACUCUUAGUUUUGAAGUAUAUUGAGAACAAAGAUGUCUUUAUGAGAUAUCAUAAAGCGCAUUUAACCAGAAGGUUAAUAUUAGACUCAAGUGCAGACUCUGAAAAGGAAGAAGAUAUGGUUGAGUGGUUGAGAGAAGUGGGGAUGCCGGCUGAUUAUGUGAAUAAGUUAGCUCGAAUGUUCCAAGAUAUUAAAGUAAGUGAAGAUCUCAAUAUUCAAUUUAGAGGUGAAACGACGCGUCAUGAUGCGAUCAAUAUCAAGAUUCUGAAUGCAGGAGCUUGGGCUCGAGGCUCUGAAAGGGUAACAGUUAGUUUGCCGUUAGAGUUGGAGGAUUAUAUACCAGAGGUUGAGGAGUUUUAUAAGAAGAAGCAUUCCGGUAGGAAAUUGCAGUGGUACCAUCAUAUGAGUAAUGGUACAAUCACAUUUGCUAACACAGUUGGUAGGUUUGAUUUGGAUGUGACCACUUUCCAAAUGGCAGUUUUGUUUGCAUGGAACCAAAGACCAAUGGAGCGGGUGACUUAUGAAAACUUAAGACUUGCAACAGAGCUUCCUGAUCCAGAAUUGAGAAGGACUUUAUGGUCUCUUGUUGCAUUUCCUAAACUCAAACGGCAACUACUCUGUUAUGAACCAAUGGUUCAGAAUCCAAAAGAUUUUGCAGAAAAUACAGCUUUUUGGGUAAAUCAAGAGUUUGCUCUGGUUAAGAAUGGGAAACCUCAAAGGCGUGGGAAAUUGAAUUUGAUUGGCCGACUGCAGUUGAGCACUGAACGUUCCCAGAUUGAGGAUAACCAUUCAAUUGUACAAUUAAGGAUUUUGAGAACUCAAGAGGCCAUUAUUAAAAUACUGAAGAUGAGGAAACGCAUCACAAAUACAGCUUUGCAGAGCGAACUCAUUGAAAUUUUGAAAAAUAUGUUCUUGCCUUCAAAGAAGAUGAUUAAGGAGCAGUUGGAGUGGCUCAUAGAACAUAAGUAUAUGCGACGAGAUGACGAGGACAUCAACACUUUUAUAUACAUGGCCUAGUGCAUUUAUAAAUAAUAAUGAAAUAAGAUCAUGUAAAUUAUUUACUCGAAAUCAUCAAGUUUUUUUAUUUAACAAUGUACAAUAAUAAUGGAUUGAAAUUAAAACCAGUUAUUAUUUCCUUUCAAUGACUAUUACAAGUUUGUUUUAUCAAUGACUGAAUAUUUUUACAACAGAUAGCAAAAUGUUUUUGUACAAGCGUUUUUGCAGUGGAAACAGUUAUGCAACUAAAAACAUUUAAUGUAAGUUAAGAUGAGAAUAGCAACAAGGUUAGUGUAAAAAUAAAACAUGUGUUACAUU